AUGGCCCCGCUUGCCCUGCUGCUGCUCUUCCUGCUGGGGGGCCUGGCACAGGGGGGGCAGCAGGCCUCAGCCACCGUGGGGACCCUCGACCUGCAGAUCGACGAGGAGCAGCCGGCGGGGACCAUCAUCGGGGACAUCAGCGCGGGCCUCCCGCCCGGCACCCACACCUACAUGUAUUUCAUUUCCGCCCAGGAGGGCAGCGGUGUGACCACAGACCUCGAGAUCGACGAGAACACAGGCAUCAUCAAGGCGGCUCGGGUCUUGGACCACGAGAGCCGGGACCACUACAGCUUCAUCGCAGUCACCCCGGAAGGGGCCACCGUGGAGGUGCAUGUGCAGGUCAAUGACAUCAACGACCACGCCCCCACCUUUCCCAAGCAGUGGGGGGCCCUCCAGAUCCCCGAGCACACCCCUCUGGGGAGCCGCUUCCCCCUCGAGCCAGCCUUCGACGCAGACAGCGGCCUGCUGGGUACGCAGGGCUAUGCCCUCAAGGGGGGGGACGUGGGCCAGGCCUUCUGGCUGGAGACCCGCCGUGGGCCAGACGGAGUCCUGCACCCAGAGCUGGUGGUGGCCAGCAUGCUCGACCGGGAGACCCGCUCCGCCUACACGUUGCUCCUCGAGGCCUACGAUGGCGGAUCCCCCCCUCGGAGCUCCCAGAUGACCCUGGCCGUGUCCCUCCAGGACACGAAUGACAACGCCCCCGCCUUCAACCAGAGCCGCUACCACACGCUCAUCCCGGAGAACCUGCAGCCGGGAAGCAGCAUCAUGCAGGUCUUUGCCGUGGACAUGGACGAGGGGGACAACGGGGCCGUGGUGUACGAGAUCAACCGUCGCCAAAGCGACCCGGAGCAGUACUUUGUCAUCGAUGCCUCGACGGGGGUCAUCAAGCUCAACAAGGGCCUGGACUACGAGCUGCGGAAGGUGCAUGAGCUGGUGGUGCAGGCCCGCGACAAGGCCCUGCACCCGGAGGUGUCCACGGCCUUCGUCACCAUCCAAGUGCGAGACUACAAUGACAACCAGCCCACCAUGACCAUCAUCUUCCUCAGCGAGGACGGCUCCCCUCGCAUCUCCGAGGGGGCCCAGCCUGGGCAGUUUGUGGCACGGAUCUCCGUCUCAGACCCGGACUACGGCGAGUAUGCCAAUGUCAACGUUUCCUUGGAGGGGGGCGAAGGCAAGUUUGCCCUCACCACCAAAGACAACAUCAUCUACCUGAUCUGUGUGGACCAGCUGCUGGACCGCGAGGAGCGGGACUCCUAUGCGCUGCGGGUGACGGCCACGGAUGCAGGGACGCCCCCGCUGCGCGCUGAGUCUGCCUUUGUGCUCCAAGUGAUGGAUGUCAAUGACAACCCUCCCCUCUUCGAUGCCCAGGAGUACGAGCAGACGGUCCCCGAGGUGGUCUAUCCGGGCAGCUUUGUGUUCCAAGUGACGGCCCGGGACAAAGACCAGGGUCCCAACGGGGAGGUCUUCUACAGUAUCCUGCACACGCCCCACACCCACUCCCACUGGUUUGCCAUUGACCCUGCGACGGGCAUUGUCACCACGGCCUCCCCCUUGGACUACGAGGUCAAUCCCCAGCCCCAGCUCACCGUGCUGGCCACUGACCGGGGCAAGCCCGCCCUCUCCUCCACCGCCGUGGUCCACGUGGCCCUGCAAGACGUCAAUGACAACGAGCCCCUCUUCGAGACCCCCUUCUACAACGUCUCCCUGAAGGAGGACGUGGCCCCCGGCACCUGCUUCCUCCAGGUGACGGCUAUGGACGCUGACAGUGGCUCCUUGGGCUCUGUCACUUACUCCCUGGGCAUGGGCAUCAGCAGCUUUGCCCCCUCUGCCUUCAGCCUGGGGGAGGAGACCGGCCAGCUCUGCACUGCGGGGGCCUUGGACCGGGACGAGGGCAUCACUUCCUAUGACUGCACCAUCACUGCCAUGGAUGGGGGGGGGCUCAGCUCCAUGGCAUACGUCAAGAUCUUCCUGGAAGACAUCAAUGACAACGCGCCCACUUUCUACCCCCUGGAAUACGCCACCAGCAUCAGCACCCAGAGUCAGCCGGGCUCCGCUGUGCUGCGAGUCAGCGCCCAUGACAAGGACGAAGGGCUCUUUGGACGGGUGACAUACCAGAUUGCGGCUGGCAACUCCCCAUCGCUCUUUGCCAUAAAUCCAGACACUGGUGCCCUCUCUCUGCUGCGGAGCUUGGCAGGCAAAGCCAACAGCUUGGUGCACCUGGAGAUUGCGGCUUGGGACGGAGGGGGUCUGGCCGCUCAGCCCAACGCUCAGCUCAACAUCAGCAUCGUUGCUGGCACCAUUUCCCCUCCGAGCUUUGAGCAGGCUCAGUACUACUUCGCGGUCCCAGAAGACAUCCGGCCAGGCAGCAGUGUUGGUGCUGUCUAUGCCCACAACCCCCCAGGCCAGUCGGAGGGGGUGUUUUACUCCAUCUCCUCGGGAGACCCGCACGGCUCCUUCUCCAUCGACCCGGCCUCAGGAGAGCUGCACACCAGCCUGGCCCUGGAUCACGAGGCUCAGGCGGCCGUGGUCCUGGAGGUGCAGGCCCGCAGCGGCUCCCCACCUGCAUACAGCAGUGCCCGGGUGCAAAUCAGCGUGGCUGACGUGAACGACAACGCCCCUGCCUUCCCAGUCCCGCUGGAUUCUGUGCUGCUGCCGGAGGGGGCGGCCCCAGGCACGGUCGUGUACACGGUGCGCGCAGAGGACCGGGACAGCGGGGCCAACGGGCAGGUGCACUUUGAGCUGGCCCCUGGGGGGUCGAGUGCCUUCACGGUUGAGCAUUUCUCAGGUAAGGUGCGGCUCGUGGGGGCCCUGCAGCGAGACACGAGCACGCCCUACAGGCUGGUCAUUCUGGCCCACGAUGGCGGGGUCCCACGGCUCAGUGCCACGUUCACGCUGCUGGUGCACGUGCAGACAGAAGAUGGGCACGGCCCAGUCUUCGACACGCUCACUUACCGCGUGGAGGUGCGUGAAGGGGUGCUCGUGGGCACUCAUUUCCUGCAAGUGCGUGCAUUGGCACGGGAGUCGCACCUGCCUCUCACCUACCACUUGCGGGCCGAUGGAGAUGCCGCCAGCUUUGGCAUUGUGCCGGACACAGGAUGGCUUCACGUACGCAGCACGCUGGACCGGGAGCUGCAGGAGCUCUACCUGCUGACGGUUCUGGCUGUGGCAGGAGAGGGUGAGGGGCGUCAGACGGGCACCACCACUGUACGAGUCACCAUCACGGACGAGAACGACAACAGCCCCCGGCUUAGUGAGGAGCGCUACUUCUUCGCUGUGGCCGAGAACCAGCCUGCUGGGAGCAGCGUGGGCCGAGUGACAGCCAGUGACCGGGACGCCGGGCAGAACAGCCGCCUUUCCUACCGCCUGCUUCCGCCUGAGGGCAGCUUCCUGAUCCACUCACAGACAGGUGAGCUGAGCUGCAGGCAGAGCCUGGACAGGGAGCAGCAAGCCAGCUACCAGUUGCUCAUCCUUGUCCAAGAUGGGGGCACCCCGCCACGCAGCGCCACGGGCACAGUCUACGUCACCGUGCUGGAUGAGAACGACAACGCCCCUGCCUUCUUGCAUGUGGCUGAGGGCCGGGAGCUCUUGCUGCAGGUCCUGGAGGAGAAGCCAGCAGGGCUGCUGGUCGCUUCAUUGCAGGCCAAGGACCCCGAUGAGGGUGAAAACGGAACUGUCUUCUACUCGCUGGCAGGUGCACGGGUGGAGCGCUUCUCCCUGCACGUGGCCACAGGGGAACUGCGCACAGCCAGCAGGUUGCACCAGGCAGACUGUGGCGAAUACACCUUCACUGCAACGGCAAGCGACCGAGGCGCCAGUCCCCGUAGCACGACAGCAGCCGUGCGCAUCCAGGUGGUGUCUGCAGCCCGUCUGCUUCCCCGACCAGACACCACCGUCCUGACUCUCUAUCCCACAGAGGGCCUGCAGCCUGGCUCCAUCAUUGGCUCCGUGGCCUCCCCAGAGCCCCUUCCUCCUGGGCAGGUGACCUACCUGUUGGUGGGAGGCAGUGGUGGAGGCGGCACCUUUGUGGUGGACGCAGCCACAGGAGAAAUCUACACUGCCCAAGCCCUGGAUUAUGAGUCUGGGCCCCGGCACACUCUGCAAGUGAGCGUGGAGGACACGUCCCGGGGCUCCCCCAGCCAGCGCCUGGUGCUGGUCGAGAUCCACGUGCAGGACAGCAACGACCACACGCCCACCUGGCCCCAGGACCCCGUGACGGUGGUGGUGCCGGAGAGUGCCACCUUGGGCGCCUCCCUCUUCACUUUCCAGGCUCUGGAUGGAGACGGGCCGGGCCCCAACAGCCAGCUGAGCUACAGCCUCCUGUCUCCAGAGGCGAGGGAGUCCCCCUUCCAGCUGGACCCCCACAGUGGGGAGCUGAGCCUGAGGGGCCCCCUGGACCGCGAGCGCCAGGCGGCCUACCUGCUGGUGGUGCAGGCCAUGGACCAGGCACACAACAUCAGCCAGCGCCGCUCUGCUGCCCUCACUGCACACGUUUUCGUCAUGGAUGAGAACGACAAUGGGCCAGAGUUCCUGUCUCCGGCCAGAGUGGACCUUCCCGAGGACCAGCCCACGGGCUUCCUGGUGCUGCAGGUGCUGGCGAGGGACAGCGACCUGGGAGAGAACGGGCGCCUCAGCUACACACUGCGAGCAGGGAAUGCUGAUGGGAGAUUCCACCUCAACCCUGGCACAGGAGCGUUAACCACCGUAAGGACUCUGGACCGGGAGGAGGUGUCGCAGCAUCACUUGACCAUCGUGGCCACAGACCACGGCUCCCCACGGCGUUCUGCCACGCAGCUGCUGACGGUGCAUGUGCGAGAUGUGAACGACGAGGAGCCAGUCUUCCCGAGGAAGCACUACGAGGCCAGCGUGGCAGAGAAUUUGCCUCCCGGGGUCCCCGUGUUGCAGCUGCUGGCCACCGACCGUGACCUAGGAGCCAACGGGCAGGUAUCCUACGGUGGUGUCUCUGGCGACGACUUCUCCAUUGACCCCGCCACGGGCCUCAUCAGCACCCGGCACGCCUUAGACCGCGAGGAGCAGGCAGAGCACCUGCUGACAGUGUAUGCACGUGAUGGGGGGGUGCCUCCACACCAGACCAAGGCUUCCGUGCGCAUCCUGGUUGCCGAUGAGAAUGACAAUGCCCCCGCCUUCCAGAGGGACACGUAUGCCUUGGAGGUGCCGGAGAACCAGAGCCAGGCGGAAGUGAUCACCGUGUGUGCCACGGACCACGACGCAGGGGAAAAUGGCCGGCUCUCUUACCAGCUGACAGCUGGCGAUCCCGAGAAAGACUUUGCCCUCAACCCUGUCUCUGGCAAGCUGUACACAACGCAGGGGCUGGACCGGGAGCGGGUGCCAAGAUACGUGCUGACUGUGGAGGCCUGUGACCACGGCUCCCCCCCUCGCUGCGCCAGUCUGGCUCUCCACGUGCAAGUGCUGGACCUGAACGACCAUGCCCCCCGCUUUGCCCAGGAGGCCUACGCAGCCGAGGUGCCCGAGGACCUCCCCGUGGGUUCCCUGCUGCUGCAGCUGGCCGCUCUGGACCCCGACGAGGGUGCCAACGGGCAGGUCUCCUACUUCCUGGCGAAGGACUCCUUGGGCACCUUCCAGGUGGAGCCCCAGACAGGCCACCUCACGCUCACCCAGGCCCUGGACCGGGAGGUCCGAGCAACCUACAGCUUCUUGGCCUUGGCUGUAGACGCCUCCCCGCUCAACCCGCAGAGCGCCUCCGUGACCAUCACGGUCACCGUCCAGGACGUCAACGACCAUUUCCCCACCUUCCCGCUCAGCCCGCUGGUCGUCACGCUGCCUCGCAACACGCCGGGCAAGAGGGUGGUGGCCACACUGCGCGCCGAAGACCACGAUGCCGGGGCCAACGCCUCCAUCCUCUACCGCUUGGCCUCCCCCACCCCGGCCUUUGCCAUCAACACCUACACGGGGGUGAUCCAGCUGCUGCAGCCCCUCUCCGCCCUCGCCCAGCGCCAGCGCACCUUGUUCAUCAUCGCCAGCGACCUGGGGCAGCCUGCCCUGUCUUCCACGGGGGUGGUGGUCAUUCGCCUGCAGGACGAGGGCUACCGGGGGGUGCGCUUCCCCCGCAGCAGCAGUGACGUGGCUCUUCCGGAGAACGCUGCUCCAGGUACCCCCGUGGUGAGCAUCCCAGCCACUCACACCACGGGCUCCUCGGGCCGCAUCACCUACAGCAUCCUCAGUGGCAACGAGAGGCCAGCCUUCCGCAUCCAGCCCUCCACAGGUGUGGUUUCUGUGCAAAAUCCAGAGGUGCUAGACUUUGAGGCGACCCCCCGCUUGCGGCUGGUGCUGCAGGCCGAGUCAGCCUCCUCCUUCGGCUUCCUGGCGGUUCAGGUCAACCUGCAGGAUGUGAACGACAACCAACCACGCUUCCAGCUGCAGAAUUACGUGGCUUUCAUCCGAGAGGCCCAAGGCUAUGAUUCACCUGUCAUCCAGGUUGUUGCUGAUGACAUGGAUCAGGGCCCCAACGGGCAGGUAACCUAUAUGAUCAACCACACGCUGCCCAUGAACGGCCUCUAUCACAUCAAUGCCCAGACGGGCUCCAUCACCACAGCUGCCAUUCUGGACCGAGAGAUCUGGGCCCAGACGCGGCUAGUGCUGACAGCAACGGACAGAGGCAGCCCUCCCCUCGUGGGCUCGGCCACGCUGACGGUGGUGGUGAUAGAUGUAAAUGACAACAGCCCCACCAUCCCUGCGCCCUGGGAGGUGCGGGUGCCCGAGAACACCCUGCUGGGCACGGAGAUCACCAUGGUGACGGGCAACGACGUGGACUCUGGCCCCCUCCUCUCCUACCUGCUGGUGCUCGACAGCAGCGCCAGGGGGACCUUUGGCAUCCUGCGCUACGGGGGCCGCAUCUCGCUGAUGGGGCCCUUGGACUAUGAGCAGCGCCGCCAGUACACCCUCACCGUGCGUGCCUCCGACUCCCAGCAUGAGACCGAGGCCAACCUCACUGUCCUGGUGGAAGACAUCAACGACAACGCGCCCCACUUCGCCCAAGCCCUCUACCAGGUGCUGGUGCCAGAGCACACCCCGGCCGGCAGCCCCCUCCUGGCCCUGAGUGCCACAGAUCUGGACUCCGGCCCCAAUGGGGAGGUCACCUACCAGCUGGCCACCCCCAGCCAGGCCGUCGCCAUCGACCCGCACAACGGGACCCUCUUCACCACGCAGCACCUCGUUCUGGAGCCAGGGCACUCCAUGCUGGAUAUCCGGGUGGAGGCCCACGACGGGGGCUCUCCCAAACUCUCGGCCUGGACCACAGUGCAAGUCCAGGUGCUGGACGUGAACGACCACGGGCCACAGUUCUUGGAGCCACACUACAAUGCCAGCGUGCCUGAAGACCAGCGACCAGGCACCACAGUGCUCACCCUGCAUGCCACAGACGGCGAUGUGGCCCGAGACAACACCGCUUUGGACUACACCAUCGUCAGCGGCAACAGCGGGCACGCUUUCCAGCUGGAGGGGCAGGGGGAUGGGGCCAGCGCCCUGGUCCUCGUGGAGCCCCUGGACUUCGAGGCGGUGGCUGUGUACAACCUGACGGUGGCCGUGACCGACCGAGGCGUGCCCCAGCACAGGGCCGUGGUGCCGGUUGUCCUCACCGUACUGGAUGCCAACGACAACCCCCCGGUGUUUGGCCGCCCCGCCUACCACAUGGCUGUGAGCGAGAGCGCCUUCCCCGGAACAGAGCUGCUCCGCGUGGCCGCCCACGACCCCGACUCAGGCAGCCAUGGCCAGGUCCACUACCGCAUCAGCUCUGGCGACCCCGGCGGCUUCUUCCACCUGCACCCCUCCAGCGGAGCCCUUCGCCUCUCCAAGGGCCUGGACUGUGAGGAGCAGGCCCAACACACCCUGGUGGUGCGGGCCUCUGACGGGGCGGGCGGGCACUUUGCGCUGGCCUCGGUCACCGUGGAGGUGAAGGACGUCAACGACAAUGCCCCCUAUUUCCCUGUGGAGGUGCUGAGCACCAGCCUGAGGGAGAACCUGCCCCCGGGCAGCCUGGUCACCACCGUGCAUGCUGUAGACACAGACGUGGGCGUCUUUGGGGAGCUGCGCUAUGCCCUGCUGCAGCAAACAGAGGGGUGGGAGGCCUUCAGCAUCAACGCCUCUUCCGGGGAGCUGCACGCCCGGCGGCCUUUUGACUACGAGCGCAGCAAGGCGUUCCGGCUGCAGGUUCAGGCCACGGACGCAGGCAACGCCUCGGCCACAGCCACCGUGCGCGUCCUGGUGACUGGAGAGGACGAGUACGACCCAGUCUUCCUCAGCCCCACCUCCAGCUUCGAGGUUCCUCACGGGGCACGCAAGGGGCACAGCAUCGGGCACGUGGUGGCCACGGAUGAGGACGAGGGCCUCGAUGGGGUGGUGCUCUACACUUUGGCCAAACCGUCUCCCUUCUUUGCGAUCAACCAGACGAGCGGCACCAUCUACCUGCGCGUCGACAGCCAGGUGCCAGCGGGCGGCCCUCCCGAGCGGGAGCCCCGGGAGAUGGUGCUGGAGGUGCAGGCACACAGCCCCCUGCCCGCCUCCCGCUCCGCUGCCACCCAGGUCACCAUCGACGUCACCCACACCUCCUUCGGGCUGGUGCCCGACCUCAACCUGCUGCUGGUGGUGGCCGUGGCUGCUUCGCUGGGCGUGGUGGUGGUGCUGGCUGCCGUGGCCAUCGUGCUCGCCCUCGUCCGGUCUCGGCACAGCCGUGGCCGCAAGGAGGCGGACGUGGCCCACGUGAAGAGCGGCUCUUUGCAGAAGCUGGGUCACGCCGAGCCGGUGCUCCCGGGGGGGGACUGCCUCUACCACGAGGCCCUGCCUGGCUAUGGGACGGAGCCCGCCGGGCCCUACGCUCGGGGUGGCUCGCUGGACCCCUCCCACUCAAGCGGCCGUGGUUCUGCUGAGGCAGCCGAGGACGACGAGAUCCGCAUGAUCAACGAGUGCCCCCGCAUGUCCAGCGUCACCUCCUCCCUGCAGGAGCAUCUGGCUGCCCGGGGGCCGGACUCUGGGAUCCAGACAGAUCCCGACCGUCUCUCUGACAUGUCUUGUGAGCCAGCCGCUGUCGACGCCUCCCAUUGGUUCAAGAACAGGAAGGGACCGAGCCUCCUGCUGCCCGGGCAACCCCCCCAGCUGUACCGAGAGGACGGGGGCGGUGCCUACUUGGGGGCCGGCUGCGGCCUCAACGUCUCCGCCCCCAAAGACUAUUCCUUCCCUGAGGACGGGAAGCCCUGCGUGGACGGCUCGCUCACAGCCAUCGUGGCCAGCGACGAGGAGCUCCGUGGUAGCUACAACUGGGAUUACCUUCUCAACUGGUGCCCCCAGUUCCAGCCUCUGGCCAGCGUCUUCACAGAGAUCGCGCGCCUCAAGGAUGAGAGCUCCCUGCGCAAGCCCCUCCCCGCCAAGCCCAAGCCCCGCAUAGACCCUCCGCCCCUCAUCACCUCGGUUGCCCACCCUGGCGCCAAGUCUGUGCCCCCCAAGCCUGCUGUGGGCCGGGCCUUCCCCCACCUCUCCUCGCUGCGGCGUUCCCCCAUCAGCCACGAGGGCUCGCUCUCUUCGGCAGCCAUGUCACCCAGCUUUUCACCCUCGCUCUCACCGUUGGCUGCCCGCUCCCCGGUUGUCUCACCCUUUGGGGUUUCCCAGGGCCCCUCGGCAUCCGCCAUCAGCACUGAGCACUCACCGGAGGCAGCCCCUGAUGCGGGCGCUGAGCUCCGCAUCUAG